AUGCUCGUCAUCAGAGGCAUCGCAGGCCUUCUCGUCGUCGUCGGCGUCCUCCUGAUCCUCUUCCUCGUCAUCUUCAUCGUCCUCCUUGUUUUCCUCGCCCUCCUCCUCGUUGCCCUCCUCCUCCUCCUCAUCCUCCUCGUCGCCCUCAUGCACACAUCAAUGGUAAUGUCUUCCAACAACUCGUCGGGCGCCGGGUUUCGCUGCAUGGUCCCGGGCUGCACAGCAAACCCAAUUUCAACAAAAAGCAACCUGGAUCGGCACAUCGAGAACACACACGGUCCCUUUGCCCUCUGGGUCAAGAUGCCUUGCGAAAAACUGUUGAAGUUCAACCCGCACAACAAUCGUCGCCACUCCAUGGGGUGCAGCAACGCUCUCUGCAGGAGCUACGAAGGACUCGGCGAAACCUUCUUCGUCCCCGAAGGCUACGAAAGGGAGCUAGUUCAGGCCAUCGUCGAUACCAAAGGCUCCAUGAGCCCCCAGGAUGCGAUUUGGAAUUGGGUCUUUGUCAACCUCGACAUACAAUUUCUCGACAACUAG